AUGGUACCGUCAGUGUUUGGAGCUGACGUUUGGAGUGGAACAAGAGCACAUACUACAAUCGCUGAGAAGACUUCUGUCCGUCAAGUUUGUGUGCAAGUUAAAACUGAUUGUUUAAAUGAUCAGGUACGUUGCUUCUGGGAAUUAGACUCCAUAGAGAUACAAGAUGCGCAGAAACGAAGAAUGACUACUCGCGAUGAAGACAUUUUAUCAGAAUUUCACAAAACUUACAACACUGAAGACAAUCAAAGAAUUGUGUCUCUGCCUAGAAAACCAUUGGUCACACUUUUGCCUAUAAACAAAAUUAUAGCAGAAAACAGAUUUCAUUCUCUUCAAAAAAUACUUGCAUCUAGUGAUGUGUUAAAGACACAAUAUGACAAAUGCAUGCUGAAUUACAUUGAACAAAACCAUGUUGAAAUUUGUUCCAUAGAUGAAUCCAAUGAGAAGCCAGUAUAUUACCUUCCUCAUCUUGCUGUAAGAAAGAAAACGCAAUCUAAAACCAAGAGGAAAUUUGUGUUUGACGCUUCCUCGCAUGCUCCAAGAAUGCCUUCACUGAACGAUACCUUGGAAGCUGGCCCGAAUCUUCUUUCUGAAACUAUCGGUUGUCUACUAAGAUUUCGAUUGCAUGAAUUCACUGUUACAUGUGAUGGUAAACAAGCUUUCUUACAGUUGUCACUACAUACAGAAGAUAGGGACGUCACAUGUGGUACAAAUUAA